CUCGUUAAUGAUGUGGUUUGGAUGAAUUAAUUCGAAAUAUUUAUACAAAUCAGAUUUGCGUUUGCGUACACCUUGCACACAGGAAGUUAUCGUGAAUUAUCUGUGGCUAUCAUGAAUUUUCAAUAAUCUCCGGAUUUUUUGAGAAGCUGAUCUUUGAAAAAGCAGGGGUACAGGAAAUUACAUAUCUCGUGAUAUCUACUCGUAGUUUAUUAAUCGAUGAGCACUCAACACACCUACAGCAUUUAUCGAAGUGGUAUGCUUCCUGAAAAGACUCCCAAGGCUCACGUGAAGAAAUUGAAUCGCUUUCAAAAUUUACAUGAUAUCAUCAGUGUUCCGUUCUAACGUUUAACCUCGCCAUGGCUGCUAUUAAAUUGUUGAAUAUGCAGUUGUCGGUUACAAAGGUUUCAUAUGCCAUUCUGUGUGCAUGGACUCAUGACAUUACUGCAUCAGCACUCAUCACACACAGAUAUGAAACGAAAGUUUUUGAAACAGGAUUUCCCUUACCUGAAGCUAUUGAUCCGAAUGUUCACACGUUUCAAGAUCUUGUCUGUCACAGUCGUGCAUUUGUGGAUAAUUCUUUACUGAUAAGGUAUAUGGCUUAUACAAGCAGACUCGUGGUAACUCUUCCGCGCGCUUUUGGCAAAAGCAUCAACUUAGAUAUGAUUAAAUAUUUUUACCAAAUGGAAGUUGAUGAAGCCACAUUAAAACCAAUACCUCGAGAAGAAACGAAGUCGUAUAAGACAUUCGAAAUGGGCAUGAUGUAUUGCGAUGGUAAAUUUGAAAAAUUGAAGGAUUCAUUUCUGAUUAGUGGUUACAAGAAUGAACGUUUUUUUAGACAGCUAGGCUCAGUCCCUGUAGUACGCCUCAAUAUGGGUCAGCCAACGUUGUUCAAGUCUUUGAAGGAUGUCUAUGAAGCAGUAAAAGGAGUAAUUAGAGAAACACUUAAUGACCACAGCUACAUAAUGAACGUAUCAUACGCCAACAUUGAUCCAGCAGUCCAGUAUUAUCAAGACGUGUUUAAAAGCCUAGAAGUAUCAUUAAACAGUGACACCGGAAAUGGGGGUGUUAUACCAAGAUUAAUCAAUUUGUUGUACGAAAUAUUUCAUAGAAAGGUACUUGUAAUAAUCGACGAAUACGACGCUAUUCUAAAUGAACUUUGUUUCGGCACUUCGAAGCUUAAUGAUACUGAAAUGACUGCCGUUGAAGAUUAUUUUGACCAUUUUUACGGUCAAAUAGUAAAGCAUAACAUACAUGUUGAUCGAGUCUUCAUGACUGGUACCAAGUGUAGAAUUUUUUCCAGCAUCGCUAGAAUGAAGUACAAUACAUUAGGCGGAGGCGAUGCGAUUCAUUUUUAUGGUAUGAGUAAUGAUAAUGUUUUGAAAUUAUUAAGUAAUGCUGGAUUACACAACAUGUUCGAAAAAGUGUUGGAUCAUUACGAUGAAUAUAAGUUUGAGACUGGGCCUAAUCGUACCAGUAAAUUCAAGCCUAAUUUCAUAGCACGUUUCAUCUCCCAGAAUGGAAUCCCAAAAGAGAAGAAUUUUUGGACGUCAACUUCCAGCACUUCGGCAAUGUUGACCAUAUUAUAAAAUUAAUAAGUACCCCAACGUUUUUUUUCCCUCAUCACCCUGAAAAAUAUAUACCUAUUUUCCAUUGUAAUAUUAGUCUUAUGAAUUUUGUGCCAAAAAAAAACUGCGUUGUCUGAAUAAAAUUAUUUCUAGGGUCA